UUAUCAUUCCCAAUGGUCUCAAAUGCGUGGUUGCCCUAGUCAGUAUAAAAGUUUGAUGUGACUUUUCCUGGAUGUACCUGCCUAUAGGAGUCCUGCUCGUCACAAUGAACGUUCUCCUGGGCGGUUUUGUGAUCUUUGCCACCUUUGUGACUUUAUGCAAUGCAUCAUGCUAUUUCAUAUCCAAUAAGGUAGUUCCAGGAGAGACAAUCAAAGAAUGCACGGAUCUCAAUGGAAACAAUCACCCAAUAAACUCGAGGUGGCGGACUGACAACUGUGAGAGAUGUGGUUGUGGCGAAAAACGAAUUUCAUGUUGCUCUCUGUAAGUCUCAUCAGAAUCU